UUAUUAAAAAGGUUCAUCAAACUUCAGACACACAAAGAAACAUCCAGGCGCCAGUUUUAUAGCACCUAUCGUGCGCUAUAAUUUAUAAUAAUAAUGUUUGUAUUUGUGUGCCAGAGGUUUAUAUGAUUUAUGACUCUUUUAGUUUCUCCACAUUGCCACGGGGCGUCAGAGGCACCUUGUCCACGCCCGGGUCACGUGUUGGUGAGUGGGGAGCCAAUCCCGAGUGAGGACGGAAAACAGCUGACGGGUGAAUAACAACACACACACACACACACACACAGCUCUCGUCUUUUCCUGCAGGUGGUGGUGUGUAGUGGACUCCCUGCAUGCAGUGCAGUGUACACACUCUUUGGGCGCCUCAUCUAUGAAGGCUGGUGUCUGGCCCUGGCGUUUAUCGAUGCAUUUGUAACUUGUACAUGUAAAAGUGAGGAGGAGGAGGAGGAGGAGGAGGAGGACGCCCGGAGCUCGCCAUCCAUCCCCCCAGCCAGCCGAGCUACAAUGGCACCGUCCCUCAUCCGAGCUUGCCGCAGUCUUGCUCUCUCGACGUGGCUGCUGUCGUUCUGCUUCGUCCACUUGCUGUGUCUGGACUUCACGGUUGCAGAGAAGGAGGAGUGGUACACAGCCUUUGUCAAUAUCACCUAUCUGGACCCCGUCACGUCGGAGGUCAAGACGGAGAAAACCGAGUGCGGGCGCUACGGUGAGCACUCGCCCAAGAAGGAAGCCAGAGGUCUGGUUCUGGUGCCGUCCCUCCCGCAGGACAGACAGGCGUGCGACCCCCACGUCAGGUUCCCCCCGGUCUCUGCCAACACCCCCUGGGUGGCGUUGGUGGCUGCGGGGAAUUGUACCUACAGAGAGAAAAUCCGUAACGUUGCAAACCUCAACGCCUCUGCAGUUGUCAUAUACAAUGUGGGCUCCAGCGGGACCAACGACACCAUAACAAUGCCCCAUCCAGGUACUGGUGAUGUUGUGGCCAUCAUGAUCCCAGAGCCCAAAGGUCGUGAGAUUGUGGCCUUGCUGGACCAGCACAUUCUGGUCACAUUGUACAUCACUAUAGGAACCCGCAACCUGCAGAAGUACGUGAGCAGGACGUCGGUUGUGUUUGUCUCCAUCUCCUUCAUCGUGCUCAUGAUCAUCUCCCUGGCUUGGCUCGUCUUCUACUACAUCCAAAGGUUCCGCUACGCAAAUGCACGAGACCGCAACCAGAGACGCCUCGGAGAUGCUGCCAAAAAAGCCAUCAGCAAGCUUCAAGUGCGCACCAUUAAGAAAGGAGACAAGGAGACUGAGUCUGACUUUGACAACUGUGCAGUUUGCAUUGAAGGUUAUAAACCUAAUGAUGUUGUAAGGAUAUUACCGUGCAGACAUGUCUUCCAUAAACACUGUGUAGACCCUUGGCUACAAGACCACCGGACAUGUCCCAUGUGUAAAAUGAACAUCCUCAAAGCCUUAGGAAUCCCACUCAACGCAGACUGCACAGAUGAGAUUCCUCCAGACUACGAGAUGUCUGUCGGAGGUCCACCCACCAACCCCAUCAGCGGUGCGAGUGAAAUCACAGUUAAUGAGAGCUCGGUGGUGCUGGAUCCAGCAGGCAGGGUGAUAGGCCUGCAGCAGCUCCUUCCUGAUGCAGAGACGGCACUUCAGGGAGGGGAGAGCCACAUCAUCGCCAGCAGUGAGCACCAGCCUCCGCUCAGCAGUGAUUCAGACACUUCUAUCAUCAUGGGCAUCGAGGUAGGCAUGUCUGAAAUAGACCUGUCCACAGAGCAGGAAUGUGACGGGGCCAAAUCCUGAGCCAGACGGGGCUGAGGGAAAAAAAAAGCGUGAAUUACAAGGGAAAGGAGGACGAGAGCAGGACAGGAGUGUUCGGGGGCUUCCAGAGAUUCGCCACAUCUUUGGCCCUUGGAGGAAGUGACCUCAUAGAAGAUGGGCAAAUGCAAUACAAACCCAUAGCAGCACAAAACACCCUGUUCUGUGUGUACUACCUGAAAAAAACAGACUUGUCCCUGUGUCUGUGGACAUGUUGCUUGCUCGUUUUCUUGCAGUCGCACUUCACCAUUUUGUUGGUUUGACAGCCACAGUGACCAGACAGCCAAUCACAGCUCUCGUAUUGUGGUGGUUCAGUUUCCGCUCACGUAAUUUCUCACAUCCUUAAACUUAGCAUCUUAAAUACACAUACAGUAACUGAGAUGUUGAUGGUAUUCACAUGACUGAGACUCCUCACUCUGGCAACCUAAACCUGCUGCUGGACACAAUAUGAGCAUGGGAGCAGCAGGGCCUCUUUAACACCAGAUUGCAUCUUAUGUAAAAUAUAUUUGAUUUCUUGGUAUGAGAUCACUGCCAGCAUAUUCCAGAGGAAAGUUUUAUUGAUGUGAUGGAUAUAUACCACGUGUAGAGCCUAUGUCAGCAAAUUUCUUAGGAGUCCCUAACAGUUGGUGUGAUUUCCCACCAGCAACUUUUCAACUUCAGACUGCAGUAACAUGUUAUUGUCUCUUGAAAACUUGAAGCCUAGGUCUUUAAGUUCAUGCGGCCAUGAGGAGUUGAAACAUAUAUGCACACAUUUAUGCUGUAAUUUCUAAAUGUAACUGUUUCUGUUACUGUUGUGUGUGGAAACACCUUUAUUUUUAACAACUAUUUCACCAACUGAAUAAUCCUGUUUGCUGAGAGGAAAUUAACCAAACACAAGGUAGACAUUUCUGUCCUCACAUUUGACAAUCAUAGCUUUGCCACGAGCAGUUUGAAGUGAUGUCACCCACUGCCCUACUGAAACUGCUGCUGAUUUACAAGUUAUCACAACAACACAAUGUUGGCCCCCGCUGUCUGUCAGGAAGGAAAUGUUUCAUGUUCACACUGCUACUGCUGUACAGCUGGCUGUAGCAGUUGUCACUACCAGAUUCUGGCAGUGUGUACAUACUGUAGAUCAACUUCCUCCUCUUGUGAAGGCAGCUGCUAUAAAUAUGUCAACAAAUCUUAGUGCCAGGUUUAUCAGUAGUAUUUUAAACAAUGUUGCUGUUCAUGUACACUGAUUCCCUUGGCUGUCAGUCGAGCUCGAAUGGCACUAAAUCUGCGCGUGAUUUGACACGGAGGAGAUAACAUGAGGAUGUAGAAUGGCUUAUGUCAUUUGAAAGAGAGACUCUGCAUGGUGAGGAAGGGGGGAACUUUCAUUUGAAAUGGUCAGAGUUUUCAUUUUAGGGAUUUGAUCCUCCAAACAUGAAUUUUUUAUGGCAUGAAAAGCUUAGAGCAUGAAGAUGUUUACAGUUAAGGAAAAUUGAAAACCUUUUUUUUUUUUUUGACUGUGUCUAUACUAAGCUGGCGAAUUUUGGAAAACAAGCACACACCCCAGUGUUUUUAAGGUCUUCACAAAGAUCUCUGUCCACAUUAAAACACCCAAACAACAGAAAACUGGUCGGCAAACAACAAAACUGCAUCACAGGGGACAGUCCAUCUGAGUCUCAGCAGGUAAAACCUCUGUUCUCUUGCCUCCCGCUCUCUGUGAUUACUAAUAUGAAUUUUAACACAAACAAACUCACAAUUUAGCAAUUUCAAUCUUAUAUUUUUAUGUUCCUUGAUUCCUAAAUGUGUGGAUCGAUUGUGCAAAAGACCUGAAGAAGCUCACAGUGGUGAUGAAACAACUGCACAAAGGUUUUGACAAAACAAAAGAAUAAGAGAGCUACAAAAUCUUUAUCAUUUAGCCCCCUCUUUGUGAAGUUAAUUGGCAGUGGAAUGCACCACUUCCUGUUUGUAUAAAAUGAUUACGUAUGUUAAUUUCUUGUUUACGCUAUAACAAUAUGUAUGGAGGUCAUGCCCUGUACAGGUAGUAUGUAGUAUGGAGCGGUGACACAGCGUCAGACUCCCAAGAUGAUGCUGACUGUUAAUUAACAUCACAAUCUGCUGCAGUGUUUUUUUAAAAAACUCUUUUACUCUCAUUGUUCUGUUAUCGUCCUGACACUCACCUUUUUUCUAACUUUUUCAGUCAUGUCACACUGAACAAGUUCAGCAGGAUCUUAUUGCUCGAUUGGACCCAUUUCCUCUCACAUUCCUGUAGACUUGCACACUUAAGAAGCACAGACCCACUGACUCAGUCGAUGGUGCCAGUGGAAAUUUAACUGUUGUAUUUCUCCUCCCUUCACUCACUGUUUCCAUUAUGUCCCAGAGCCACCUGGGACUCUUAUUUAACACACACACACACACACACACACACACACACAGAUGUCCACACUCCCCUUGUUUGGGUUAAUCGUUGAAGGAUGAUUGGAUAUAAGGAGAAAUGUUUCACUCUUUAACGAAAGCUGUGGUUUUAACAGGGGUACAUCGUAGUUCUGUAUGUUCUUAGCUGUAGCUACUUGAUGCUCACAGACUCUACACUCUAGAGAUUAUUAGUCCCUAAAGUAAAAUGUUGGAAUAUUAUUGUUCUGACAGCAGUGUCUCACAGUCUGUAGUUCAUUGUCUGGGAAACGCGCUACACAGGUUUUUAGAUAACCUCACUUUAUAUUCAGCUUCUAGCACAUGCUGACCAGUUCAAUGUGUAACUUACUGUUUGACUGAAGUGUGUGGUAGCAUCAUGGAAGAAUUCAUGAAUGUACUUUUUCAUAUACUUUUAGACAAUGCAGUGAUGCUGUAGUCAUCGGUCUGCUUUAUCUCCAGCUGUACAUCUUUUUUGUGGAUAUGAAUAUGGAGAGAGAGUGUGAUUCUUUCCAGCUCAGUAAAUGCAGCUGCUUAAGUCUCAGUCUGUCUAAUCUCGACCUUUUAAGCCUCUCUGUUUGUUACAUCACAUGAUAAUGAGAUAGCACAAUACAUAAGAUACAGAACACCCAGCAGCAUCAAUAUCUGCUGCUCUCCUCAUCUCUCCCUGCUCCCUCCCACGCUUCAGAUUAACGGGUCUGUCUUCUGUCAUCUUGACUUCUUCUCACAGACACACACAAGCAUAACAACCACUUUCUCCAUCUGACCGUUUGUUUGGUUGGCCAAGCAACAAGAUGAAGCAAAGCACAUUCAUUCUCUGUGCCAGAUCGCUCAGUUCUGGCUGUACUGCCUAAUGAAACGAGUUUGUCUAAAGGUGGGUGACAGCCUUCUUUUUACAGAGCAAAUUAAAAAUUAUGUGAUUAAGCUACAAGAUGAUCUCUCAGUUUUGUCUGUUUACAGUCUUUCAAUAAAAACUCUCUUAGGAAUAAGUAGAAUUCAAAGAGUUUUAAGACACAAAAGACUGCUGCAUGUGAUGACAUUCAAUGCACUUAUGAAGAAAAGAUUGUUGUCCUUAAUUGUACCUGCAACACUUUUUAUGUGUUCCUUCCUUCCUGUUUUAAGUCUCCUGGAAGGAACUUUGUGAUUUGCUACUAAUUCUGGGGAAAAUAGAAAUGUCUUCAAAAUAAAAGCUCUGUUUAAAAUCAAGUAAAUAUUCAGACAUUAUUCAUGUAUUACUUGAAAUGUAAUUUUUUUUCUCCUCAUAUGUUCAUUUAAUUUUGUAUUUAUUUAAUGUAUUAAUGUCUAAAAGUUUUAUCAUGUAUCAACAGGGGAAAAAUGGAAAAUGAGUCAGUUAACCCAGAAGGCUGAUUUUCAUCAGUUGUCUCUGACCAAAUGUUAAUGUUGCAGCCCAUAAACUGAAUUAAACAACAUACCACAGUUUGACACACAGUGUCCACUACAGUACAGAUUUAAAUGGACAAUUUAAUUAUAUGUUUUCCUGUGGAAAAAUUGAAUUGAAGACUGUCUCAGUUGUCCCUAUAACUAGUGCCAAAUUACAUCGCUCUUUUCAGGACAUUUCUUAGAAAAUAUUAGAAAAAUAUUCUGACAUUAUUGACCUGUAAAAUUAAGCAUUACCCAGCAUUGUUCAUUGUAAAGUUUUGUUCUCUUGUCACAUUUCUUUUCCUGUCAUUGUGUAAACCUUCUUAUAUUGCACUUUAUCCCUCCAGUGAAUGAGGAGCGGCUAUAACCGAAAGACUUGAGAAAGUCUUUUUUUAUGUAGAGCUUUUAAGAAAGAGAGCUACAGUAUUGAACAUGACACAUGACCCAGUUGUUGCUUAAUGUAUAAUGUUGUGAUCUUUUAUCUGUGCUGUUGUGUGUGGUGGGGGUCGGGGGGGUGGGGGUGAUACCAUUAUAUUGUACACUAUACCCAGCAGAAAUAACAGCAUUGCUAUUUUGUAAUAUAAAAACAACUGUAAGUAUGA